CACGUGACGUCAUCGCGGCCAUGUUGCCCACCAUAAACGAAGAGUUUUCGGGAGUGAUUGAGACUGGUGUUAUCCUUUGUAUAAUUUAAUAUUGUUUAGUUUCAAAAUGUGUAAUAACUGUAAACAGUGGUUUCAUCUUGUAAGUAGUAUUAUAGGAAUAAUUCUUGGAGGAGCUGCAUUUGUCGUAUUUUUCUGUGUGUAUGAGAAUAUAGAUGCCGGCUUCUGGGGAUUUUUAUCUGGUGUGUUUGCCAUGGUAUGCUUCCAUUUGCACUAUCUUCAUAUUCGGCAGAAGCUAGACACAUGGCACUCGGCGGAUACACUUAGAGGUAUCAAGGUGCUAGGCAUGAUGGGUACUUUGGCAGGAAUGGCUGGUCUGAUCUGGUACAUCUUUAUUGCACAGUAUCACCACAUACGUAACUGUGAUGCCUGUGCGUACCAGCAUGUACAUUGCUGCGGUAUGGUCGUUCAUGACAGCUAAGUGGGGACUAUCGCUGUUUCUGUAUUGUCGUAUGUAUGUGAGGAUCCUUGUGGGACAUGACCCCCCACUGAUCAGCAUCUGAUGAAAUAUCCAACUCCUAUUUGCCUCUCUGUGCUACAUGCCAAUGUCUUUGGGUUUUAUUUUGUAUCAUGUACUCAUCUGUGACAUUCAGAUGUCAUCAUUUAGUCCACAUGGCCUUUCUUUAAGCUAUCAAAGCCAUACUGAGAAUUACUCCAUUAUUGAGGACAAUGUUAUUUGAUUAUAGAACAGUAAGGCUCUUGUUCUCUGUCAGAUAUAUUGACACAAUACAUGAAACCAAUUGCAGCAAAUGA